AUGGAAAAAUCAAAACUUAAACUUAAGACGGAAGAAGAGAGGAGGAGAACGGUGGAAGAAGAAGUUAGGAGAAAGGAGGAGGAAGAAGAAGAAAGAAGGAAAAUUGAAUGGGAGCUAAUAGAAAGACAAAGGAAGAACAAAAAAAUAAAUAGAAGCACGGACAGGGUAGCACAAUCAACGAUACUGGAAGAAGAGAAAGAAGAGGAGGAUGAGGUGAAAAAACAAGAAACAGGAGGAGACGAAAGUAGCGAGGGGGCGCUGCUUAAGAAAAUAAUAUUUGGAACAAAAUCGGGGAAAAAAAGGGAAAGGGAGAAAAGCAGAGUAGAGGGAGAAAUCGAGAAUAAAAAAGAAAAAAAAGAGGGAGAAACAAUAACGGUAGAGGAGGAGGAAAGGGAAAUAGACGACAAAAUAUUGGAAAUUAAAAACAUGCUGGGAGGGGAUAAAAAAUUAAUCAAAAAAUUGGAGGAGCUGAGGGAAUUAAUAUCUAAUAAAAACUUGAGAAACAUAGGAAAGAAGAGGUGUAGAGAAUGUAUAGAGGAGGAAGAAAAACAAAGAAAAAAGGAGAAAACACAAAAAAUUAUAAAGGAAAUAGAUACAGGGGAUGGGGAAUAUGAGGUAUGGGAAAGAUUAGCGGGGGAAGAAUGGGAGGAGGUGUAUAAAAAAACAAAGUGGGAGAGAGAAAGAGUUGAGAACGUUUUAAGGGAAAGACUAAGCAACGCGAUAAUAAUAGGAAAAGGAGUGGGGGGUACAACAAUAGAAUUAAUAAAAAAAAUAAGAGAGGAAAUGUGGGGGGUGUUAGAGAAAACGGGACCAGGGGAAAUAGAAUUAAUAGAAAAUAAUAUAAAAACUAAAAACAAUAGGAGAAUGUGGAUAAAUUAUAUGGUCAAAUUAGGGGAUGAAGAGGGGGAAUUUAAAACCAUAAUGAAUUUAGUAAAAUUGGCAAAAGAAAAAGAAGAAAAAAACAUUAAAGUCAUAAUCGGGGAGGGGGUGGACAAAAUUAAAAUCAGAAAAAUAAUAGAAUUCGUGGGGAGAACAGGAGAAACUGAAUGGAGUAUAUUAACCAAAGGGGAAGAGGUGGUUAGAAUAGGUGGUGGUGGUUCAGAAAGGGACGGAGGGGAGUCUCUAUUUAUAAAAACAGGAAUGAAAAAAUACACGGAAGUCCUCAAGACAAUUAAAACUAACGUAGAUGUGGACGAACUGGGAAUUAAAGUUGAGUCGGUACGCAAAACAGGGAGGGGGACCUGUUAG